CUGUCUAUAAAGAGUGACUUUCACCCCGCUAGCCCCACAAGCAAGAGAGUUUGGUGUUGUGCCCUGGCAGCAGAGACAGUCUCCCUGGACCCCAGUGCACCUCGGCACCCAGGGAGACGGACCAGACUGCAGCAUGAACCCGUGGCUUCUGGCUUGCCUGGUGGCCUGCUUUGUGGGGGCAUGGGCCCCUGGUAUCCAUGCCCAAGGUGUCUUUGAGGACUGCUGCCUGGCUUACCACCCCCGCCCUGCGUGGGCUGUGCUGCGGCGUGCUCGGGGUUACCAGCACCAGGAGGUGAGCGGAAGUUGCAACCUGCCUGCCGUGAUAUUCUACUUCCCCAAGAGACACAGGUUAGUGUGUGGGAACCCACAGACCAAGGAGGUACAAAGAGCCAUCAAGUUUCUGGAUGCGCGGAAGAAGACUCACCCAAAACUUCACCACAACACCCAGAUGACCCUACAAGGCUCUCAAGCUGGGAAGAAGAGGAGUUCUGGAAACUCCAGGCUACCAUUGUUUAAGAUUAGUGAUCUCAGUGGCAAGAGGAUUGCCUCCUUUCCAACAGUGGCUAAUCCAAGUACGGCCUCUUGGUCAUGUAACCAUCUUCUGCCCAUCAUCUUUGCUGAGGGCUGAGGGUUCAAAAUCAUCUCACACUGGGACAGGGGAUUUCCACCAAGGCAGGCUGGCUGUGUGGUUAGCCCCUGCAGGUUCAUAUACUAGGGUCCUACCACUGCCUUGAGCCUGCCCAGGGGGGCUUCAGCAAGUGCUGACAUGAAACCAGGUGAGUGAAUAGACAGCUGCAGGAGCCCCCACACUAAGCCAUUGUCCAGAGGAUUCCAGCCUGAUGUCCUUCAAUUCUAACCUUCCCUGCCUGAAGAUAGUGUCAGGUACCACAGGGUAAGGACUCCACAAUAUUGCUCCCAGUUCAGAGGCCAGUCACAAGCAGCGGGUUGUUACACUUUUGACUGACUAUAAGUCAGGGCUCUUUCCUUGGGCUCAAUCAUUUGCUAGAG